AUGGCGUUAGAAUCCGACGAGACACCACGGCGGGCGACCCGCGAGGAAAUGCGCGAUGCGAAGCUGCCCUUGCAAUACCGGGACAGCUGCGCCCACCUUCUGAUCCCGCUCAACCGCUGUCGCUUCGAGACCUGGUACAUGCCGUGGAAGUGCGAGGACGAGAGACACAGCUACGAAAAGUGCCAGUACGUCGAGUUCAAGAAGCGCGUCGCCAAGAUGGACGAGCUCAGGGAGGCCAAGGCUGGUGCGCGGAGCAACUGA